AUUUUCCAGGCUAAUCAAGAUGGUGAAGAUUGGGUUACAGUUCAAGGCUGACCUGGACAACAUCACCAACCUUCAUCCAGAAGGGGAUGAUUUUAGGUGGUACAUAAAGUUCAAGUGCCUCAACUGUGGAGAAGAGACUCAUGAUUUUACCUACCUGACUUUGACGGAGAGCACUCCAGUAAAAGGUGGCCGAGGAAAGGCGAGUCUGGUUCUGAAGUGUAGGCUAUGUUUAAGAGAAAAUUCAGUUGAUAUCAUUCCUGAGAGCUAUCAUCCAUACAACAUCGAAGACAGUGGAAAGUUCAAGACAGUGGUUGCCUUUGACUGCCGAGGUAUUGAGCCAACUGAUUUCUCCCCACGUGUAGGAUUUGCUGCAGAUAGUUCAUUUGAUAAUGGUGUGAACUUUCAAGAUAUUUCAUUGACAGAAAAGGACUGGUCAGACUAUGAUGAGAAGGCUAAAGCAACAGUUGGAAUCUAUGAUGUUACCCAUCAGUUUAAAAAGUUGAAGUGAAAGUCUUACUGUGUAUAAUCCUAAAUGUCAUCAUGACUGGACUGGGAACGUGUGCUGCUUGGAAAUGUGCUUAAUAUAAAGACAGAUGAGAGAAUUUCUUAACUAAAAUUGCCCUUCCUGCUUAAAAAAAAGAACUAAUUAUUGUGUCAUUUGAGGGAAAUGUUGUUGUUAACGGUACCUGUCUUGACAUUUUGGUUUUGUUGAAAGGGAUUUUUCUGUGUCACUCAUUGAAAAGUACUGUUGGUUGUUUCACACACGACAUGCAGAAAGGCAUCGUUGAUUUCAAAAUAUAUAUCGCUAAGUGUACUGGCAUAGUGGCCAAUGUUAUUACCUAUUCUGGUAUUGCAUACAACGUGCAAAACACUUGAUCUAGUUUAGGAGUUUAAAGGCCUGACACAGUUUUCACAUUCAUUGGGUUUAUUUCUUCAAAAACUAAUUGGUCAACCCAAGUGAAAGAUGUAUAGUACAGGACUUUGGAUUGCUUGAUUCUGCAAGCUUUUUACUGCUGAGAUGAGGGAUUUCUAAUCUGUAUCGCAAGUUGAAAGGUUAUUUUAUUGAAUAAAAGGACUUUUU